CCAAGAAAAUUGCUUACAUGUAGCACAUCGUCAUAGUAAGAAAUUUUCAAAAAAACGUUAUAAUGUAUUCAACGAAGAAAGAUGAACGAGAAAAGAUAUACCGAGUUUUGGAAUUGUUCAGUGGAAUUGGGAGCAUGCGCUGUGCUAUUCAAAGAUCCGGUAGACUAUUCGAACUUAUAGCAGCGAUAGAUAUUGAUCCCGUUGCUAAUAGUAUCUACAAUCACAACUUUGGUUCGGACACUGCAAAAAAUGAGAACAUUCUUGGCCUGACAGCGAAAUGCAUCGCAAAGCUAGACAUAGAGGUGAUCCUCAUGGCGCCGCCGAGCCAACUCUUAAGUUGCAAUGGGGCUAAACGGUUUGCAAGGAACGCCGGGGACCACCGAGGGAAUCCGUUCGUGCACAUUUGCAACAUGCUGGAUAAGCUGCACACCGUUCAAUUCAUUGUUAUGGAGAAUUCAAAAAGUUUCGUGCGCUCACAGGCACGCAAGCUAUACAAAAGACGACUCAGCGCCGCUGGUUUCCACUACAAGGAGUAUGUUUUGUCACCUGACGAUUUCGGAGUGCCGAACACCCGCCGCCGGUACUAUUGUGUAGCCAGACGCACCCCGUUCGACACUCCCACUGGAAGCAUAGUAAGGCAACCGAAUGUUAACCACGUGGUGCCGUUGAAAACCAUUGGUGAAAUAGUGGAACGCGAGGGUGAGCAUCUAGACAAGUAUCUGAUCAAUCUGCGUGUCUUACGGAAGAGGCUACGCGUAAUAGACGUCUGCACGCCAGAUUCAACCAACUCAAGGUGUUUCACAAAAUCUUACACACGCCACACUGGCGGAACUGGUUCGAUUUAUAGUCCAUUGUUGAGAGUCGAUUUUGAUUCCGAAUACAGGGACAUGAGGUGUGCUGAGUGCGAUGAGCAUCGCAUGUUUUUCCUGAAAAGGCUUAAAAUGCGUUACUUCAGCCCCCGAGAGAUUGCAAGACUGAUGUGCUUCCCGGAAAAUCUCAGCUUUCCGAGCGAGGUAACUGACGAGCAGUGUUAUCAAAUACUAGGGAACAGUCCGAAUGUGCUAGUUCUUAGUUCUUUGAUCGACGAAAUCGAAUAA